AUGUUUCAACGAAGUCCAAGAAAGUCUUUGCGGCAAGUUAGUCGUGAGGUAGGCAUUUCAAAAUCAUAUGUGCAUCGCAUCAUGAAACGUUGUCAGUGGAGAAGCUACAUUCCAAGAUUAGUCCAUGCUCUUAAUGACGAUGAUCCAGACCGAAGAGUACAGUAUUGCGAUUGGUACUUGGAACGAUGUAACGAAGAUGCACACUUUCCCACAAAGAUUGUGUGGAGUGAUGAGGCCACAUUUAAAUUAAAUGGUUCGAUUAACAGACGCAAUUGCACCUACUGGGGACCUGAGAAUCCACAUGUUAUGGUUGACCACCAUGUUAAUUUACCAGGAAUUACAGUGUGGUGUGGCUUUUUCUUUUUUGAUGCUACUGUGACUGGUCCUGUUUACUUGAACUUGCUGCAACAGUCUGUCAUACCAAGCAUUAGAGAGGUCUUUGAACAGGAUGAGUUUUAUUUCCAGCAAGAUGGGGAUACCUAA